AUGGAUGCCCAGCAAAGGGAGUCAUUUCGGCCCUAUUCCUCUGAUCCACCAGGACCCUCCUUGGAGCAGCAAAGGCUGUUGCAAACAGCAUCUCCUUCUGCUGAACCAUCACGAGCGCCUCUCUUUGAACCUGCGGAGAACCAGCAGAGGGAGUCGCUUAGGCCAACUCCCUCGUUGGAUGACCAGCAAAGGGAGUCUUUCAGGCCCGCUCCCUCUGAUCCACCCAGAUACUCCUUGGAGCAGCAAACGCCAUUGCAAGCGGCAUCUCCUUCUGCUGAACCAUCAAGAGCGCCCUUCUUUGAACCUUUGGAUUCCCAGCUGAGGGAGUCGCUUGGGCCGUCUCCCUCCAGUUUCGAGCAGCAACAGCAGGAGCAACAGCAGCAGGAGCAACAGCAGCAGGAGGAGUUUGAGCAGCAGCAGCGGGAGGAGGAUUUUGAGCAGCAGCAGUUGGAGGAGGAGUUUGAGCAGCAGCAGCGGGAGGAGGAGUUUGAGCAGCAGCAGCGGGAGGAGGAGUUUGAGCAGCAGCAGUUGGAGGAGGAGUUUGAGCAGCAGCAGCGGGAGGAGGAGUUUGAGCAGCAGCAGCGGGAGGAGGAGUUUGAGCAGCAGCAGUUGGAGGAGGAGUUUGAGCAGCAGCAGCGGGAGGAGGAGUUUGAGCAGCAGCAACGGGAGGAGGAGUUUGAGCAGCAGCAGCGGGAGGAGGAGUUUGAGCAGCAGCAACGGGAGGAGGAGUUUGAGCAGCAGCAGCGGGAGGAGGAGUUUGAGCAGCAGCAACGGGAGGAGGAGUUUGAGCAGCAGCAGCGGGAGGAGGAGUUUGAGCAGCAGCAACGGGAGGAGGAGUUUGAGCAGCAGCAGCGGGAGGAGGAGUUUGAGCAGCAGCAACGGGAGGAGGAGUUUGAGCAGCAGCAGUUGGAGGAGGAGUUUGAGCAGCAGCAACGGGAGGAGGAGUUUGAGCAGCAGCAGCGGGAGGAGGAGUUUGAGCAGCAGCAGCGGGAGGAGGAGUUUGAGCAGCAGCAGUUGGAGGAGGAGUUUGAGCAGCAGCAGUUGGAGGAGGAGUUUGAGCAGCAGCAGUUGGAGGAGGAGUUUGAGCAGCAGCAGCGGGAGGAGGAGUUUGAGCAGCAGCAGCGGGAGGAGGAGUUUGAGCAGCAGCAACGGGAGGAGGAGUUUGAGCAGCAGCCGUUGGAGGAGGAGUUUGAGCAGCAGCAACGGGAGGAGGAGUUUGAGCAGCAGCGGCGGGAGGAGGAGUUUGAGCAGCAGCAGCGGGAGGAGGAGUUUGAGCAGCAGCAACGGGAGGAGGAGUUUGAGCAGCAGCAGCGGGAGGAGGAGUUUGAGCAGCAGCGGCGGGAGGAGGAGUUUGAGCAGCAGCAACGGGAGGAGGAGUUUGAGCAGCAGCAGUUGGAGGAGGAGUUUGAGCAGCAGCAACGGGAGGAGGAGUUUGAGCAGCAGCAGUUGGAGGAGGAGUUUGAGCAGCAGCAGUUGGAGGAGGAGUUUGAGCAGCAGCAGCGGGAGGAGGAGUUUGAGCAGCAGCAACGGGAGGAGGAGUUUGAGCAGCAGCAGCGGGAGGAGGAGUUUGAGCAGCAGCAGCGGGAGGAGGAGUUUGAGCAGCAGCAGUUGGAGGAGGAGUUUGAGCAGCAGCAGUUGGAGAAGGAGUUUGAGCAGCAGCAACGGGAGGAGGAGUUUGAUCAGCAGCAGCGGGAGAAGCAGGAGAGGCCACAGGGGCAGCAGGUGCCAGAAUUAGCAGCAGUGGAGGCAGGAAAUCUGAACGUAAUGGUAUCAACAACAGCCGGUGCCGCUGCUCCUGAGCCAUCAGUGUCAGUCCGUCUGUCUAACAGCCGCCAACCUCUCUCUCCGGAGCAUGCAGUGGAGCUGCUGGGGGAAGUGGCUCGCUACAACCAGCUCUACGGGGGAAUGCUGUAA